UUCGUGAGGUCACGUUUUCUAUACCCCUUGGUCACCAUGGUUACCCCUCCUUCCUCUUCCUAUCCUUGUGUUACCUCAUCAAACCCCUGACCUUAUCCGGGUGUGGGUGUCCUGUUUGUAUUGUUGUGGGGAGUCUGUUACAAUGUUACAUAAUGUGGAGGAGUGGAGGAGAGGUGUGUGUGUGUGUGUGUGUGUGUGUGUGUGUGUGUGUGUGUGUGUGUGUGUGUGUGUGUGUGUGUGUGUGUGUGUGUGUGUGUGUGUGUGUGUGUGUGUGUGUGUGUGUGUGUGUGUGUGUGUGUGUGAGGGGAACGAAAGCCUGCUGGAAAGUGGAGCCUGAAAGCUGGACCAGUGUGUGAAUCAGAGGGUGUAUUUUGGUCACUGAGAGAAAUCACAGGUUUGCACAACAUAAACAUUCAAUAUACACUGAGUGUACAAAACAUUAGGAACACCAUACAAAUAUUGAGGUGAACUCCCUUUUGCCCUCAGAACAACCUCAAUUUGGGCCUCCCGAGUGGCGAACCGGUCUAAGGCACUGCAUCACAGUGCCUUAGAUGUGUCACCAGGUUCAAUCCCAGGCGGUGUCACAGCCGGUCGUGACCGGGAGAACCAUCAGGCGAUGCACAAUUGGCCCAGCGUCGUCCAGGUUAGGGGAGGGUUUGGCCGGCCGGGAUUUCCUUGUCCAUCCGCGCUCUAGAGACUCCUUGUGGCGGGCCGAGUACCAGCAAGCUGACUUCGGUUGCCUACUGGAUUGUGUUUCCUCCGACGCAUUGGUGCGGCUGGCUUCCGGGUUAAGCGAACAGUGUGUCAAGAAGCAGUGAUGAUUGGCAGGGUCGUGUUUUGGAGGACGCAUGGCUCUCGACCUUCGGCUCUCUCGAGUCCGUAGGGGAGUUGCAGCGAUGAGACAAGACUGUAACUACCAAUUGGAUAUCACCACAUUAGGGGGUAAAAGUACAAAAAAGAGUUAUAUAAAUAAAAAACAACAGCCUCAAUUCGUCGGGGCAUGGACUCUACAAGGUGUCGAAAGCGUUCCACAGGGAUGCUGGCCCAUGUUGACCCCAAUGCUUCUCACAGUUGUGUCAAGUUGUCCUUUGGGUGGUGGACCAUUCUUUAUACAAAUGGGAAACUGUUGAGCUUGAAAAACCCAGCAUGGUUACAGUUCUUGACACACUCAAACCGGUGCGCCUGGCACCUACUACCAUAACUACCAUAACCUGUCUCCUCCCCUUCAUUUAUACUGAUUGAAGUGGAUUUAAAAGGUGACAUCAAUAAGGAUCAUAGCUUUCACCUGGAGUCACCUGCCCAGUCUAUGUCUUGGAAAGAGCAGGUGUGCUUAAUGUUUUGAACACUCAGUGUUUGCUCCUCUUUCUCCUAUCGACUCCUAUCGACUCCUACUUUCUCUUAACGACUCUUAACGACUCCUAUCGACUCCUACAUUCUCUUAACGACUCCUAUCGACUCUUACAUUCUCUUAACGACUCAUAUAGACUCCUAUCUUCUCUUAACGACUCUUAUCGUCUACUAUCGACUUCUACAUUCUCUUAACGACUCCUAUCGACUACUAUCGACUCCUACAUUCUCUUAACGACUCCUAUUGACUCUUAUAUUCUCUUAACGACUCAUAUAGACUCCUAUCUUCUCUUAACGACUCUUAUCGUCUACUAUCGACUCCUACAUUCUCUUAACGACUCCUAUCGACUCCUACAUUCUCUUAACGACUCAUAUAGACUCCUAUCUUCUCUUAACGACUCUUAUCGACUCCUAAUCUCUCUUCUGUAUUGCAGACUCCAUUGAAAUAAUACACUAACAGAAUGUCUGUUUACCUUUUUCAUAAUGACACACACACACACACACACACACACACACACUACAGUAUGCACACACACUACAGUACUGGUAAGUGCACGAGGGGCCUUCAUAUGGCCUGGAUCAGUUUAUGUAGAUGACACAAAACAUGUAAGCGGUGCGAGUGAACAUCCUUGUCCGAUCCCUCCAAUCAAGAGUGUGCUGAGACCAAAUGUGUUGCUAAACGAAUUCAACACUUCUAUCAGGUGAGAAAUCUCAAGUGCCUCAGUUACCUCAGGUGCAUCUCAAUAGUAUAAUGUGGCUUCCUCUCUUCGUCUCGUCUCCAUCAGCUACAUAAGAUAGAGUGGGUGAAUGCACAUGGUGAAUUCCUACCAGGGAGUUACUUUCUGCUGUCAUGUGUUUUCACAUCAGUGCAAAGGAAAGGAGAGGACACUGCUUUAAACUGAUGAUAUGCACCGCUGGUCUUGGGUCGCUAGCGUACCUGUAGACGUCCAGUCAUUGCACUAACGCUAGUUAGCAUUGGCUCGCGGAACUACCUCUGACUUCCUUCAUACUGCAAGCAGACAUAAAAGCGCAGAGACACAAAAUUAAUUGCCAGAAUCUUGUAGUAUCCCUUUAAAUACAACACACUCUUAACCUUCCACAUACUGUAUGUGCUCUCACUUAUCCUGUGUGAUUUGAUUUAAGUCUACACAGGUCCUUCUGGGGGAAAAGAGGGUUACGGACGCCGUCGUCCCAGAGGCACAUUGACCCACUGCUGAACCAGUCACCUGGAUGGAAGGUACGUUGGAGGAAACGGUCACCUUGAUGGAAGGAAUGUGAGAGGAACGAUCACCUUGAUGGAAGGAAUGUGAGAGGAUCGAUCACCUUGAUGGAAGGAAUGUGAGAGGAUCGAUCACCGUGAUGGAAGGAAUGUGAGAGGAUCGAUCACCUUGAUGGACGGAAUGUGAGAGGAACGAUCACCUUGAUGGAAGGAAUGUGAGAGGAACGAUCACCUUGAUGGAAGGAAUGUGAGAGGAUCGAUCACCGUGAUGGAAGGAAUGUGAGAGGAACGAUCACCUUGAUGGAAGGAAUGUGAGAGGAUCGAUCACCGUGAUGGAAGGAAUAUGAGAGGAUCGAUCACUGUGAUGGAAGGAAUGUGAGAGGAUCGAUCACCGUGAUGGAAGGAAUGUGAGAGGAUCGAUCACUGUGAUGGAAGGAAUGUGAGAGGAUCGAUCACUGUGAUGGAAGGAAUGUGAGAGGAUCGAUCACCGUGAUGGAAGGAAUGUGAGAGGAUCGAUCACCUUGAUGGAAGGAAUGUGAGAGGAUCGAUCACCGUGAUGGAAGGAAUGUGAGAGGAUCGAUCACCGUGAUGGAAGGAAUGUGAGAGGAACGAUCACCUUGAUGGAAGGAAUGUGAGAGGAUCGAUCACCUUGAUGGAAGGUACGUCGGAGGAAACGACCAUCUUGAUGGAAGGAAUGUGAGAGGAACGAUCACCUUGAUGGAAGGAAUGUGAGAGGAUCGAUCACCUUGAUGGACGGAAUGUGAGAGGAACGAUCACCUUGAUGGAAGGAAUGUGAGAGGAACGAUCACCUUGAUGGAAGGAAUGUGAGAGGAUCGAUCACUUUGAUGGAAGGAAUGUGAGAGGAUCGAUCACUUUGAUGGAAGGAAUGUGAGAGGAACGAUCACCUUGAUGGAAGGAAUGUGAGAGGAUCGAUCACUUUGAUGGAAGGAAUGUGAGAGGAACGAUCACCUUGAUGGAAGGAACGUCUGAGGAUCGAUCACCUGGAUGGAAGGAACGUCUGAGUAAACGGUCACCUGGAUGGAAGGAACGUCUGAGGAUCGAUCACCUGGAUGGAAGGAACGUCUGAGGAUCGAUCACCUGGAUGGAAGGAACGUCUGAGUAAACGGUCACCUGGAUGGAAGGAACGUCUGAGGAAACGGUCACCUGGAUGGAAGGAACGUCUGAGGAAACGGUCACCUGGAUGGAAGGAACGUCUGAGGAAACGGUCACCUGGAUGGAAGGAACGUCUGAGGAAACGGUCACCUGGAUGGAAGGAACGUCUGAGGAAACGGUCACCUGGAUGGAAGGAACGUCUGAGGAAACGGUCACCUGGAUGGAAGGAACGUCUGAGGAAACGGUCACCUGGAUGGAAGGAACGUCUGAGGAAACAUUCACCUGGAUGGAAGGAAACGUUGGAGGAAACAUUGUCGGGAGAUGCAGCGGUGAGUGAAUGUGGCGCAGGUGGUGAAGCUGAGGUGAGAACGCCGGCUGGCAUUGCCUUGGCCUGUGUGUCUUUCUGAUGAAGCUGCGGGGGGAAUUGUACCUUCUGUAGCUAAGUGCUUUGUUUUCCUGUCAGGCCUCGGUUGCUAAGCACGUCUUGCGCAGACCCAGUGUGUACGUCUCCAGGAGGUGCAGUGUUCUGACAAGCGACAUAAGUAGGAUUCCUCCUCUGUGUUCUGAUGUAUCCUGUUGUUGUUGUGGGAGUCCUCCUCUGUGUUCUGAUGUAUCCUGUUGUUGUUGUAGGAGUCCUCCUCUGUGUUCUCUGAUGUAUCCUGUUGUUGUUGUGGGAGUCCUCCUCUGUGUUCUCUGAUGUAUCCUGUUGUUGUUGUGGGAGUCCUCCUCUGUGUUCUCUGAUGUAUCCUGUUGUUGUUGUAGGAGUCCUCCUCUGUGUUCUCUGAUGUAUCCUGUUGUUGUUGUGGGAGUCCUCCUCUGUGUUCUCUGAUGUAUCCUGUUGUUGUUGUGGGAGUCCUCCUCUGUGUUCUCUGAUGUAUCCUGUUGUUGUUGUUGUGGGAGUCCUCCUCUGUGUUCUCUGAUGUAUCCUGUUGUUGUUGUUGUGGGAGUCCUCCUCUGUGUUUUCUGAUGUAUCCUGUUGUUGUUGUAGGAGUCCUCCUCUGUGUUCUCUGAUGUAUCCUGUUGUUGUUGUAGGAGUCCUCCUCUGUGUUCUCUGAUGUAUCCUGUUGUUGUUGUGGGAGUCCUCCUCUGUGUUCUCUGAUGUAUCCUGUUGUUGUUGUGGGAGUCCUCCUCUGUGUUCUGAUGUAUCCUGUUGUUGUUGUGGGAGUCCUCCUCUGUGUUCUCUGAUGUAUCCUGUUGUUGUUGUUGUGGGAGUCCUCCUCUGUGUUCUCUGAUGUAUCCUGUUGUUGUUGUGGGAGUCCUCCUCUGUGUUCUCUGAUGUAUCCUGUUGUUGUUGUGGGAGUCCUCCUCUGUGUUCUGAUGUAUCCUGUUGUUGUUGUGGGAGUCCUCCUCUGUGUUCUCUGAUGUAUCCUGUUGUUGUUGUUGUGGGAGUCCUCCUCUGUGUUCUCUGAUGUAUCCUGUUGUUGUUGUGGGAGUCCUCCUCUGUGUUCUCUGAUGUAUCCUGUUGUUGUUGUGGGAGUCCUCCUCUGUGUUCUCUGAUGUAUCCUGUUGUUGUUGUGGGAGUCCUCCUCUGUGUUCUGAUGUAUCCUGUUGUUGUUGUGGGAGUCCUCCUCUGUGUUCUCUGAUGUAUCCUGUUGUUGUUGUGGGAGGCUGUGGCAGGAUUCACUGCAGUGUCCAGUAAUGAGAUGUAGCCACCUGUAAAGGGUUUGGAGGAAAGCCCUUGAGGGAUUUAGUCAUGCCUACACCUCAGCACCACAGAUGAAGAGGCGUGUGGCCUAAUCUGGGGAUAAUUCAUCUGGACUGAAAUGAGAGUGUGAGCCCUAUUUUGUGCUCAACACCACUAGGAGAGAGAGUUUAUAUUGGAAGGUAAACUCAAAGAGAGGUGGGUUUGGAGGCUGAAGGGGUCCUAAAAUGUACACUGUAGGCAAUACAGCCCACUGGACACAGACGUAAUUUCAACAUCUAGUUUAGAUUAGCAUUUGGUUCAGUUGUCAACUAAUGUGAACCAAAAAUUAUGGUAACGGCUACUUUGGUGCGCUCAUACAGGAGUAGUAAAGGCCCAGUGCACUACUUUUGUGAAGAAUAAAAAAAAUGUAACAUUCUGAUUUAUCAGGGGGUGCUCCAGUACCCUCAGCACCCCUACGUGGAAACGACGUUGAUUCAACCAGUGUUUGCUCAGUGGUAGAGUACUGUCUCUUCUAUAACUAGAGAGCAAAUGGGAAAACAACGAGCAUAGAAAUGUGUAGAUUAGAUCAUAAUUCCGGCCCUCUACUCCAACUCAGAAGGUAAUUUUAGAGUAACCAUGGUGAUACGAUGCUUUAAAUGAUUUAUGUUCUUUAUGGCUGUCAAAGUGAAGGAGGGUGUGCUUCCCUCCCAUUAAAUGAGAAGAACGAGAUGUAGAGAAGUAUAACGUAGGCAGUUAUUUUGGAUUUCAGUUGCUUAUCAUUUAGAAGUCCCCACCCCCUCAUUUUGCCUCUUACCUUAUUGAGAAAAAAGUGAGGGGGGGGGUGGGCAGGAUGGUUAGAAAGGUUUUCAAAUGGCCAUUUGAAUAUUUCCUCGUUGUCUCUCAACAUAAUAAACCAAUUAGUUUGCAACAUGAAUCUGCAUAAUUACAAAGUAUCCAUCUGUGAUGCAGAACAAUUCCGACAUGUCUCAACGUGCUCCCUAAUUAAGACACACACAACUAGGUGGAGAUAAAACUUUUAGCACCUGCUGGCCAUAAAAUGUAACACCAGAGUGGAGAGGCACUCUGGCUUUUUGAAUACUUUUGGCAGGAAGAAAGACAUUGUUGCAGGACAUAAAGGAUUAACACUAUAUUACUUCAGCGUAGCUUUCUUCUGCUGCAUGUUCAAGAGGGGUCUCUUUUCCUCUCUUCAGCUUCUGAGUUCCCUAGUUGAAUAAAUGGAAAGGCCAUCUCUAUUCCCCCUGUUCUGGAGACUUUUACUGUGCCAACUAAUGAUGCUGACAAAAUGCCACAGGUCAAAUACUGUAUAUGCCCCCAUUGUAAUGCAAUGCCAGUGGUUGGCAUUAGUGUCCAUAUGGAAAAGCACUGAUAAGCAGUAUCAGCCCAAGGAACAAUUGGCUAGCUGAGCUUUUGUCCCCUUUAUGCUAUAGCAACAAUAUACACUGUAACACAACCAGUACAGUCUGACAAUGUGCCAAGCAGACCCAUACGCUUAAAUGACUGUAUUCAUUAAUAAUUAGCUCUUAGUGUGUGGUCACCUAUAGAAAUUGCCUUAUUAGUAAUUUGUCAUUACCUAAUUAGCUUGCGAUAAGCUUAUCUGGAACCAUUAUGAAGCCAGACAUAUCAGCUGACAAAGUCCAGGUGUUUAACUGUUUGCAGACUGUAGCUACACUAUGUGCUUUGUUCUUCUGUCAGGCCUCGGCUGCUUAAGCCCGCCUUGCCCAAACCUGUCUUUGCCAGUUGGUUGCAGUGUUCUGGUAAGUGGCGUAAGUAAGAUUUAUCCUCUGUGUUCUCUGAUGCAUACAUCCUGUUGUUAUUGUGGGAGGUUGUGGCAGGUUUCACUGCAGUGUCCAGUAAUGGCUUGUACCUGUAAUGGCCAGUAAUGGCUUCCACCUGUAAAGGGUAAGGAGAAAAGCAGCCUUUCUUCAGGCCUGAUAUAGAUAUCUCUUAUGUUGAAAACAAUAUGUUUGUAUCGACCAGCAGUUUACUGUUUGUCAUGACACCAUGUUAUUAAAAUAACGUUGUCCAUCGAAUUAGGUGGGUGGUGGUGGGCCCAAGAAAGACAAAAUAACAAAACAUAACACCUCUCUCCUGCUAUCCUGUAGGUACAAGGAGGUUUAUGAGAAAUCGAAAGGCCCAGAACCUCUUCAUACCCGAUGUAGAGUUGCAGCAUUCCAAGAGCAUCCGCACGUUCAUCUCUGAGUUCAAGUACAAAGGUGAGAAAGUCUCCUCUGGUUCGGCUUACUCUCAACUCCCUGAGACGAUGGAGACGGAGACAGAGAGAGCUCGAGCGCUCACAGAGACGCAGAGCAAGUACAAAGAGAGUGGGAAGAAAAAUAUCUCCCAAAUCAUCUAUCUGGUCUAGCUGAUACCAUGGAUACCCAAUCUGUCAGAAAUGUGUCUGAACUGCAAAGUCAGGUGAAAAGAGCAGCAGACAAAGUACAAGAAGGCAGUGGAGAAGAAGGCAAGAUCUCUCUACUCUGUGAUGCGAGAGACUGGAGACCCAACAUGCCAAGCGGUCUCCCAGCUCCAGAUCCAGGCCAAGUACAAGGAGGCAGGGAAGCAGCAGUUCUCCACUUCUCUCUACUCAAAGCUUCCAGAGACUUUGGAGACUCAGCACGCCAAAGAGGCCUCCCAGCUACAGAGUGUGCUGAAAUACAAGCAAGGUGGCUAAAAGGAUACCUCCAGUUCUCUGUACUCCCUGCUUCCAGAAACGACAGAGAUCCAGCUAGCCAAAGAGCACCAGGAUAUUAACAGUGAGCAAAAUGACAAAAGUGACACGCAGGAACUGUCCAUCUGCUUGUACACACAACUCCCUGAAACCAUGGAGACCAAGUUUGCUGAAGAAAUGUCUCAAGAAAUGUCUCAGUCUAAAUACAAGAAGGCAGGGAAGAAACAGGCUUCAGGUUCUCUGGACUCCACCUUAUCAAAACUAUGGAGACCCAGCACACCGAAGAGGCUUCCCAGCUACAGAGGCAAGUACAACGCAGAGAAGGGCCAGUCCAGUUACAUCACCAUGGAGAUCUUACCAGAGGUCUCCCACGCUAUGGAAGUCAACAAACAGAAAAGCAAAAUCAACUACAGGAUGGGAAAACAGAACACAAUUUCACCACUUUGACAGACAGGCCGGAUAUCUUGAAUGCCAAACAGGCCAAUGAACUGGCCUGCAACGUGGCCUAUAGCAGUAAAACAAAGCAUUACAGCUACAAUGAUGUCCUGGGAAGGUCUGAUAUCGAGCAUGCCAAUGUGGCCUCCAAACUCACUAGCCAGGUGAAGUCUAAGACCAAUCAGAACCAGGUGAUUGAGGGAUCCAUGGACCUGCCCAUCCUUCUGCACCUGGAGUACAUGCUACACGCUACCAAGCUGCAGAGCAACGUAAAGUACAAGAAGAAGUACGAGCGGUGUAACGGACACUACUAUAUAGCACUGGACACAACAGAACAGCAAGAGAAUGCGGUACUGCACAGCCAGAAAGAGUACAGGAAGGAGUAUGAUGACCACAUCUGGGGCAAGGCCUUAGUAGACAUUGACCUGACCUGACCCCAACUGACUGCCCGCCAGGGCCAGCAACGUGAGAUCUGUGCUAACGUAGCCCUAGGGGCACACAUAGUGCCAACACAGCCCUUCAUGAGAUUUUAAAGGAAUAAUUCACCUAAAAAUCUACUUUUUUCAGAUGUUUCUAUACAUCAAAUGUGGUCUUAAGUCUAUGGUCUGAGUCCAUAUUUCCAUCUGAUUUGCACCAUCUACACAUCCAUUCAUUUAGAAAAGAAAAACAUAGACUUGAUUGGGAAUGUCCAUUCUAGUAAUGAUAUUUCUAUGUUUGCUGCCUACAGACGGAGUACAGGAGGGAUGGACUGGAGGUGAAGGGGAGGGGGCUCUCAGGUCUGUGAUUGGAGGACACACCAGGCCUCAUACGGGCUAAAUACG